ACUGCGAGCGAACCAGGAGACAAAAGCAACAAAGUGAGCCCCCCUCCUCCGGAUCAAUCAAAUGUGUCAUAUUUAACCGUUUAGGAGCCGAAACCCCGUGAUCCUGCCGUCACACUCCACAAUUGUGUGUCAAGAAGUGGAACUACUUCCUGUAAUAAAUGGAGAAGGACACGCAGGCGCUCUGUGGCUCCGACACCAACGCGCACGUCACAUCGCCUGCUUGAGCUGCUAAAACGAGCAAACACAACUCAUCAUGGACACCUAUUUCGCAGAAGCUGCUGCCAUGGAUGGGGACGAAGAUGUUCCUGACAUGAGCGAGGAUUUGUUCUGUGGAUCUAAUGACUUCACGGAAAGUAAGAAAAGAGAGGCAAAGGGGAGCUGCUUGAAGAUCGAGGGGCAGGACGGUUAUGUGUUCAAAUCGUACAGCAUCAACCCUCAUGAUGUGGCAGACGCCAUGCUGCCUGCUUGCUCCUCGAUGCUGGAUAAAGACUCCCUCCCCUCUUGUUUCCAUUUAACUUCUCAGGUAGACAAACGGCUGGAAACGUGUGACAGUGAUUCAGAUUCGUCUGACACAGACACCGAGGAACACACGGAGAGCGACAAGUUUGAAAACGGCAGCGGAUCGAGUGAACACGUCAGAGAUGACAUCGAUGAUGCAAACGGGAUGGAGGACGAAACGCAAUAUGAUGAAAGAUUAGCRUUCGGUGGCUCCAUUGGCCCCUUUUUACCCAGAGAUGUUGACGAUUAUAGUAAUUUAUUUGGUGGCUACACAAGCACUCUUUAUGACGUUGCAAUGGACGCUGUCACUCAGAGUCUUUUGUCAUCCAUGAGGAGUCAAGCCAACCCGAGGAAGAAAUCUCCCGCUUGGAAUCAUUUCUGCAUAUCUCCACGAGACAACACCAAAGCAAUUUGUUUAUACUGUAUGAAGGAGUUCAGUCGAGGCAAGAAUGAAAARGACCUCAGUACGAGUUGUUUGAUGAGGCACGUACGAAGGGCUCACCCCACCGUGCUUGUACAAGACGGAGACGCAUCCCUACAUAACCUGCCUAGCUUUUUUGCCUCAUCUUUGAUACCACCCUCCCCCAGCUCACCAAAAAACGGAGACUUCAACAGCCUUCUUGCUUUCGGCUCAAAGGACACUUCACCGUCCACGUCCUCYGCUGAAUGUUCAGACCCGUCCCCCAAAGAAGUGUUACCCAAAGUCGAACCAAAUCUAGAACCAUACGCCAGUGCGGACUCCGUUUGUGACCCCCUCGCUGAUUUGCAUUCCAGUGACAAUAACCUUGAGGACCUGUCGGACGAGGUACCCGUGCCCCCUUCGGGGACCCCGAAACGCUCCAGUUCCCGUCGCAGGUCUGCUGUUUGGAAACAUUUCUACUUGUCGCCUGCUGACAAUUCCAAAGCAGUAUGCAUCCACUGCAUGAACGAAUUCAGCAGGGGUAAGAAUGGAAAGGAUCUCGGGACAAGCUGUCUUAUUCGUCACAUGUGGAGGGCUCACAGAGAGGUUGUAAUUGAGGAAAACGGACAAGGCAAUCACAUCCCCCCACCCUAUACAAACCCACCCUCAUUGUCCCGUACACAUCUACAGGAUUCACUGGAUAUUAAAAAAGAGCCAGCACUUCUGUCAUCACCAGAAACAGAAUCUGAUGAUCUGCCCCACAGCAUGGAGGAUAGUAUAGACAUUAAGAAAGAAUGUGAAGAGUUGUUGCAUCUCUCAGCACAUGGCUCUUCUCUCAACCUUUCCUUUCAAACUCAGGGGGACGAUACGCCACUUACUUCCUCACCGUGUGACCUCUCCGAGGGUCCCAGCUUCAAACAGGAUCAUUCCGUUUUCCAGCAAAACAAAAAGAUCAUGAAACGGGUGAAAUCUGAAGUGUGGCACCAUUUCAUAGUGUCGCCGGUUGACCAAUUAAAAGCACUGUGCCGUUACUGUCCAUGUGUCAUCAGUCGAGGAAAACGGGGCGACUUUGGUACAAGCUGCCUGAUGAGGCACCUAAUGAGACGUCACCCAGACGUUCUGAAGAACCAAAAAAGCACAGACAAAGAGUUGUUCUCUCAUCCCUACAUCAACCUCCCCACAACGAAUGCAGUUUCAGCCAAAGAAGCUGAUGCCCCCCACGUUGACAAGAAGCCACCACACCUCCCCGUUUUUGGUAAAAAGACAUCAAAACUGUGGAACCAUUUCUCCAUUUCGCCCACUGACCCUACCAAGGUGGUUUGUUUGCACUGUAGCCGAACAAUUAGUAGAGGCAAAAAGACUACAAACCUUGGCACGAGCUGCCUCUACAGGCACAUGCAGAGGUUUCACAGACAUUUUCUUGAAGGUAGGAAUACGAUCUCAGGUAACGUGCCGUCUGCUACAAUUCGCGUUAAACAAGAAGUCAUGGACACGGCCGAUUAUCAAGCAGAGCAAAACUGUGAGAGGUUUGAUGAACAUCAUCCGGUUGCCAAAAAAAUCACCAAGCUCAUUGCAGAAAUGCUCGCACUGGAUCUCCAGCCAGCAGCCGUGGUAGAGAAUACUGGACUCACCAGACUACUAGAGUUCCUCCAGCCUCAGUAUGCUCUACCACCUUCUUCUUACUUCACCAGCACUGCCAUACCAGAUAUGUAUGAAAAGGUGAAGGGUGUGUUGCUGACCCACUUAAAAGAGGCUGAAGCAGGUGUUGUCCACUUCACAACAAGUAUUUGGGUCAGUAGCCAGACAAAGGAAUACUUGACCCUCACUGCCCACUGGGCAACMUAUGAAUCAAAUGUCAGACCUCAAGGUCAAGACUGUCACUGUUCUGCUCUCUUAAGUGUCUCACAAAUAGACCAUGAUAUGCAUGACAUCCCAAAGCAGCUGGAAUAUCUUUGGGAUUCUUGGAUCACUUCAACGGGACUGAGGAAGGGGUUUACUGUAACAAAUAACAGCACUAUCCGACAUACUUUAGAUGCACAUGGUCAUGCCACCCUGCAGUGUUUUGGACACGUUAUAGAUCUUAUCAUAAGUGAAGCCAUAAAAAGCCAGAGGAUGGUCCAGAACGUUUUGAGUAUUGCACGAAAGCUCUGUGAACGAGUGCACCGCUCGCCACAGGCGAAGGAGAGGCUGGUCGAGCUCCAGAGGGCCCACCAGCUUCCCGAGAACCAGCUGAUCCAGGACGUUCCGUCCAAAUGGAGGACCUCCUUUUUCAUGCUGGAGAGGCUGGUGGAGCAGAAGACGGCCAUCGACGAAAUGUCGGUGGAGUGUGAUUUCAGGGAAAUAAUCAGCGGCGACCAGUGGGAGGUCUUGCUGUCGGUCUGCAAUGCACUAAAACCUUUCGAAGUGGCCUGCAGGGAGAUGAGCACCCGCACUGCCACUCUGGGACAAGUGAUACCCCUCGUUCACAUCCUCAACAGGAAAAUAGACCUUCUGUUUGAUGAGACUGUGGGUAUAGAUAACAUGCUCAGGUCUCUCAAGGAAGCAAUGGUGACCAGGCUGUCUGCAGUUCUACGUGACCCACAGUACACCUGGGCGACCAUGCUGGACCCGAGAUACAAGACGUCCCUUUUCACAGAGGAAGAAGCCGAGCGCUGUAAACUGGAUUUGAUCCAGGAGCUKGACUUGUCCUCUACUACCUCAAUUAACUCUCUCCUGCCCAACGGCUACGGCGAGGACCCCGAUUCAAACAAGAACCUCUGGUCCAUGGUGACUGACUUCAGGCAAAAGAUAAAGACCGAGGAGAGGUCCUCGGAACUGGAAGUGCUGGAGUAUCUGGAGGAAGACAUUCUGGAUCAAAGCUGUGACCCCAUGGACUAUUGGAACCUGAAGAAGUUCUUGUGGCCUGAUCUUGCCAAAAUAGCCGCCCGUUACGUGGGCUGCCCCCCCAGCAUCGUCGCGGCAGACGCACUGUUCAGCACCGCCAGCUGCGCUCUGAAUCAGGCCCGGCCAACGAUGGACAACAUGGAGGGUCUUCUGUUCCUGAAGGUCAACCUCCCUUUGAUUUGUUUUCAGUACUGAUUCUCACGGAGCAUUCACUUGAAAAUAACUUUAAAGGACCAAGUUGCAUAGCUGUGAAAUGGGAGGAGUUUGUAAAAAUAUCAUUUUGAUACACUGAUUCUUCAUGCAAAGGCCAGAUUGAUUUUUUUUUAUUUUAUUUUAUUGCUCGUUGUACUACUGUUGAACACUUUGGUUCUGUUGUGAAGGUGUCAGUAAGAAGCGUAUCAGGRAGGGAGGGUUUAUCUAGCUGUAGGGGUUGGUGAUCAUAUGUGGUUAAUGGUUUUUUGUUGUCAUUUUGUCUGUUCUCUCCUUGUGCCUUAUCCAAAACUACUUCAGGUCAAAAAAAUGCUGUAAAUAGCUUUGAAAUUGUGCAGAAUGUCAGGAUUCUGAUUAAUUUUUUUUCCUGAAUGAAAACAUUGCCCAAAAUUGAAUGCUGUGACUGAACAAUAUUUUAAGUUAAUGCUAUUUAAUUACUUUGUGUGUGAAUUUGAGGCUGAUGGUACUGUCGUUUCAUUUUUUUUUAAAUUGCUGAUAUGUUUUAAAUAAGAUCAUUUAUAAUAUUGCUGUAUUUUCAGAAUAAAAGGGGAUUUUUUUUUUUGGUAUUUACAGUUUGUCUCUUAAGCACAAUUUUAUGUUGGGGGUUUUAAAUUAUGGGUUUAUUAUUGAUCAACACAAUGUACUGUACAUUUUUAUAUGAAAGGAUUUCUGAGCUUAAUUUGAUAAAUGUUUUAGCAUUGAGACUGGAGAAAUGCAAUUUUUUGUGGUCGUUUGUAAAUAAAGAUUUGCAUCUAAAA